UCCCAUACCGAAAUUGAAGUACAAAAGGAUGAAGAACUUUCAUUCUUUUAGCAAGAGAAUAAGCCAUCUCUGUAGUUGUUCAUGCAUGAAGCUAGCUUGUUUUAGCAGAUCUAUUUGGAGUCUACUGAUCUUGUUGUUUCGCUUCCUAUUCUUCCGGGCAAACCCAUUUUAUAUUCUUGUUUGUUACUUCGUCUCUGUUUCCUUUCUGGGUUUCUUAAUUCUGAAACUUUUGAAUCCAAGAACCGAUUCCUUUAAACCCAAGGACUUGGAUAUAUUCUUCACUUCAGUGUCUGCGACGACUGUUUCCAGCAUGUCUACCGUCGAAAUGGAGGUCUUUUCCAACACCCAACUUGUGUUUAUAACCAUUUUAAUGUUUGUAGGAGGGGAGGUUUUUGUUUCAAUGUUUGGGCUUCUUUUUACCAAGUACAAGUUAAGGAACCGAGCCAGGAUCCAUGGCAGUAGAGUCGGUUCUGUAAGUCGUGAGUCUCUGAGUCCCACGAAUCCCGUGGAUCAGAUUGAGUUGGGGAUGGUAAUUUUGUCUGAAACUGAAUCAAGGAAACCCAGUAGUGUCGACCUUGUGUCUGCAGUGGAAUCAAUCUUGAGUUCUAAUGAAGAAGAUUUGAGAUACAAUUCAAUAAGGUAUCUGGUUUUUGUAAUUCUGGUUUAUCUUCUAGUGGUUCAUAUAGGUGGAUCUGCAUUGGUUGCACUGUAUGUGAGUCUGGUUCCAAGUGCAAGAAAUGUACUCAGGAACAAGGGCCUUCAAAUCCCCACGUUCUCUAUCUUCACUACUGUCUCUACGUUUGCAAGUUGUGGUUUCGUCCCUACAAAUGAGAACAUGAUUGUCUUCAGCAAGAACUCGGGACUCCUCCUACUUCUUAUCCCUCAGGUUCUUCUUGGGAACACAUUAUACCCGUCUUGCUUGAGAUUUCUGAUAUGGGUUUUGGGGAAGUUUACUAAGAGGCAGGAGUUCAAUUACAUGCUGAUGAAUACAAGAGAGAUGAAAUACUUUCACUUGCUUCCCAGUUUGCAUUCUUCUCUUUUAGUUGUUACUGUUUUCGGGUUCAUUGUGGUUCAGUUUAUACUCUUUUGCUCUCUGGAAUGGAAUUCAGAAGGCUUGGAUGGACUGAAUCCCUUUCAGAAACUCGUGGCUUCCCUGUUUCAGACAGUUAACUCAAGGCACACCGGUGAAUCGAUCAUUGAUCUCUCAAUCCUCUCGCCGGCCAUACUGGUGCUAUUCGUCCUAAUGAUGUACCUUCCUCCGUAUACUUCCUUUCUACCUAUCACCAAAGAUGUGGGCAAGUCUUCAAGAAGUGGAAAGAAGAGUACAAGCAGAGGGAGGCUUGCAGAAAACCUUAUAUUCUCACAACUUUCUUAUUUGGUCAUAUUCAUCAUCCUCAUUUGCAUCACAGAGAGGGAAAAGAUGAAGGAAGAUCCUCUUAACUUCUCAACAUUGAAUAUCAUCAUAGAAGUUAUCAGUGCAUAUGGAAAUGUGGGAUUUACAGCCGGCUACAGUUGCAAACGGCAGCUGAAUCCUCAAGGAUUAUGCAAGGACUCAUGGUAUGGGUUUGUUGGAAGAUGGAGCAACAAGGGGAAGGUCAUUCUCAUCCUUGUCAUGUUCUUUGGAAGACUAAAGAAGUUUAACAUGGAUGGAGGUAGAGGAUGGAAGCUCUUGUAACAGCAGCAGCAGCAGCAAUUCAGAUUUCCUUUCCUUCUACAUGUCCUACAAUAGUGGCAUGUUGUACUUUAAUUCAAAAGGAAACUAGUAUAGAAGAAUUCCUAUAUGCAUGGGUUACUUAUCUCUCUUUGAUA